GCCUCCUGCCCCACAGCCCGGAUCUGAUCGUCACACAGAGGUUUCCCCCCCUGCUGCAUGCGUAACAUCUCUCCAAGUCCAGCCGUGGUGCUCACCGAGACCUCCGCGCCUGGAUCUGCGCUUCCUACGCGGAAUACGCACGAAUCAGUCCGAGAGAGAAAGCAGACCUCCAGGAUCGAGCUCCCCGGGUCCAGAGCCGAGGCUGGGAUUUCCUCUCCAUCAUUUCACAUUUGACAGAUCCCCUUUGUGUGUGUGUGAGAGUGUGUGAGAGAGUGUGUGUUGGGUGGAGUCAACCCGGAUUCUCCAAAUUGGAAAAGCCUUGGCACAUUUCAGCGGCACCAUGAAGGACGGGAUCGCCAACAACAGCACGGCCAGCAUCUCCCAAGCCAGGAAAGCUGUGGAGCAGCUGAAGAUGGAGGCCUGCAUGGACAGGAUAAAGGUUUCCAAAGCAGCGGCCGACCUGAUGGCGUACUGCGACGCCCACAUACGCGAGGACCCGCUCAUCAUGCCCGUCCCUGCCUCUGAGAACCCUUUCCGGGAGAAGAAGUUCUUCUGCAGCAUCCUCUGAUGACCCGCCCGCAGAGCUGUGCGGGCGCAGGCAUGGCGUUUGCCUGGCUUACCUGUCUUCACCACACCUGAAGCGACUGGCCGUAGGCGUUGAGUUUUGCCAGGCGGACACUCUGUUAUUGGUCGGCUCUGUCUGCCCGGUGUCUGAAGGUU